AUGCACUCCCUCGGCAAAGCUGCCGUUCUGGCACUCGGCAUGUCAGCCACCAGUUAUGGUCUUCAGGCGACCAUUCUGGCAGACACAAACCGAGAUGGCAGUGUAGACAUCACAGGUAACACUGACGUCCAGGACAAGGCAGUUUGGACUGAGGAACGAGGCGCCUUGUUCCUCCCAAACAUCGCCGACACCAACCGCCGGUGCUCUUCCAAAAUCAAUGCGAACACGUCUAAUGAAGAGCUUGACAAAUGCCACGAUGCAUCAGACAAUAUCCUCCGCAACCCCAAGUACCUGGCUCCGCUUCGUAUUCUUCCCAACCGCAACUUGACCGACUCUGCCACUGGUGUAAUCACCGUGUCAGGCAAGUUCGCCACAGAGAAGGUCCGAGUCUUUCAUAAGAACGGCAGCAACUGGAACCACAUUGCCGACAAGACUGUGUUUCGUGCGGAUGCCCUACGAACUGGGCUGGAACUAGGAAUCGACGCUCGCGAUGUCCGUCGUCCCAACGAGUGGGAUGGCAGAGUUACCAUCAACUUCAACGUAACUGACAAUGGAGAGACUGCCUCCGACCAAGUUGCUCUUCGCGUGGCACCUAUUCUGACACACCAUACUCUGCAAGCUCCGGACCAGGUCUUCACCGUUGCCGGCAUGGGCAGGCCAGCACAGGCGCAAUUCGCAGCUUUUAUUAAAACAUUUACCCGCCAGGCUGGAGUCAGCAAACCCGUCCACAUGUUCCAGGAGAUGGAUGUCUGGGCUCAAGAUUACUUCGAACCCGGCUACGCGAGUAUCCCGGGACCUCAAGGCCCCAUAUCCCUGCGAGUCUUUAUAAGAAGUAGUCAACCGGACCGUUCCGCAGGCAAACGAGCAUUCUGGGAACUAAGAUCCGACACAGUGGGAGCCGUGCAAUUCUUCCGCUCAUCUAAUGCGCCAAAUCCUCCCAGAACCAUUGAUUCAAUGGGAAACCUUGAAACCAUUCCACCUUACUCCUACAGGGGCAAACAUUACACUGCUGGCAGAGCAGUGAUGGGAAGGCAUGAUAAUUUGACUCCAAACAUUAUGACUUUCCUCAAGGCCCAGGAAGCCCAGUAUCCCAUUGACGACCUCGAUCAUACAUGGCUUAUUGUCGGUCACACGGACGAAUAUAUGCAAUUCCUUCCUGCCAACAACUCACGCGGAUGGAUCAUGACAGUCGGUGACCCCAUCGCCGGAAUGAAUCUUCUCAAAAAGGCCAAGGCAGAUGGCCAUGGAAAGGUUCUAGCCAUGCCUCGCAACCACCAAUCGUACGACCCCGAAAACUGCCUUCCGUCCAACACUAUUGACAGCGUUCUUGGUCUUCCCAACUUUGACAGAAUCAACCAGCACUGCGCAAACCGGAUCAAGCAUAACCUCGAUAUCAUCAAGCGAGAAACUGGCAUCACCGACGAAGAAAUCAUCCGAGUCCCUUCCGUUUUCUACACCGCGUUUCAAGGUUUCGAUUGUUCGAGACUCCCGAAACGCAGCGUUGGAGGACGAAGCUCCGAGUCUCCCACGAAGAAUAUCAUCGAGGCAGCAGGGGAUGAUAUGUCGGCCAACACCAUCAAUAAAAGAGGUGAACUAGACGGAAACCUGGCAUUCUAUCCUGGUACUAUCAACGGCGUUGUCUACGAGAACCGCCAGUAUUUGGCACCUAAUCCCUGGGGCCCGAUCAUUGGCGGACAGGAUAUCAUGGCCAAGGCUGUGAGCGAGGCGUAUGCCAAGGCUGGGUUUAAUGUGACUUAUAUGGAUGAUUGGUUUGAUCAUCAUAUUCUCGCUGGUGAGACUCACUGUGGCUCCAACGUUGCCCGUGAUAUCUCGCAGAAGUGGUGGUAA